UGUGUUGCGUGGGGACAGUCUCAUUAUCAAACUUUCGAUGGCACUAAUUACGAUUUUCAUGGUCUUUGCAAUUACAAUUUAGUCCAAGAUUGUGUCGAUAAUAGCUUCGCCGUUCAAACUAGAUCUAUUCCUUGUACUGGACUAGUAAGUUGUCCACGUAAUGUAACUAUUUUUAUAGGAGAAUCAUUGAAGGUCAAAUUCGAACCGCCACAGUUAGUACGAGUUAACGGUGCAUUAGUUACUGUACCUUAUAGCGGCAAUGGUGUAAGUAUUGGCAGUCAUGGUAACCAUUUAUACUUUUCAUGUGGUCUUGGUUUUCGUGUUAAAUGGGACGGUCAAUCGUCUGUUUAUGUUACCGUUGAAAAGACUAAAAUGAAUAAGUUAUGUGGUCUUUGUGGAAGCUACGAUAAUCAACCUAACAAUGACUUUACUACUAGUACCAGUACUGUCGUUACAUCUGCUGCAACGUUUGGUAAUAGCUGGAAAGCGAAUGAAUACGGUGAAUCGUGCCCUGAUGUUGCCGAUCGGUCAUCAGCAUGUCAACCCAACUCUUCUUUGGUUGCUACUGCUCAACAAGUUUGUAGUAAGAUUUAUUCUGACGCUUUUAAAGCCUGUCAUCCCUUAGUGGCUGCGGAAGAUUACUAUCAUUGGUGUUUAGAAGAUGUUUGUUCUUGCAAUGCUAGCAACUCUUCAGUUUGUGCUUGUAAUGCAUUAACAGAGUAUAGCCGUAAAUGUGUUCGUUUAGGGGCUCGUAAUCUAUCUUGGCGUACACCAGAUUUUUGUCCUAAACAAUGUAGCUCUGGAAUGAUUUUCAAUGAGUGUGCGUCGAUGUGCCCUUUAACGUGUACCAGAAGAGCAUCGAACUCCAGCCAGUGUAACAGUGACUGCUACGAUGGUUGUGAAUGUCCACCAAAUAAAGUUUUACAUGAUAGUAGUUGUAUUGAUGUAGCCAGUUGUCCGUGUGUCCACAACAAGCUAAAUUACAUGCCUGGAGCUGUACUAAAGCAAGACUGCAAUAAUUGCACUUGUAAAGAUGGCUUGUGGGAGUGUACGAAGAAAACAUGCGAUAGUACCUGUUCUUCACUUAGAGGUGGCAAUUUUAUAACGUUUGACAAGUUGCGUUACAAGUUUCAUGGUAAUUGUGAAUACUACUUGGCGCAAGAUCUUGAUAAGAAAUUUACAGUCACUAUAAAGAUUUAUCCGUGUGGAUUACAUGAUCUUUCAACGUGUACAGAAUCUUUAAAGAUUAAAUUAUCAAAUGAUACCUUUAUCUUGAAAAAGAAUCAAACUGUCAUGGUCAAUAAUCAAUUAGUAACAUUGCCUUACUUUACUGAAGCUGUAACAGUUAAAAGUGCGACUGCUUCUCUCAUUUCUUUUCAUGCAAAAAUUGGAUUAGAAUUAACAUGGAAUGGUGAUUCUAGUACUUAUGUAACUGUAAGUUCUGCAUUUUAUGACAAAACUCGAGGUUUAUGCGGUAUUUUUAACGGUAAUCAAAACGACGAUUACACUACGCUAGAAGACAAUGUUGAGUCAUCACCGAUACAAUUUGCUAACACAUGGAAAGUUGACAGUGCAUGUCAAGAUGUUGAUCCUUCUGUUACAGCGCCUGACCCUUGUCAGGUAUCUCUACAACGUAAAGUUCCUGCUGAAAAUAUGUGUAGCAUUAUCAAAAAUGGUGACGCCUUUACGCCUUGUCAUUCUGUUGUUAAUCCAGACUACUAUUAUGAUAAUUGCUUAUCUGCUGUAUGCAGUUGUAGUAACCAAGAUUGUUUAUGCCCGGCUUUAGCUGAAUAUGCUAGAGAGUGCAGUAUAAAAGGGAUGUUAUUAGACUGGAGAAAUGCUAGUAACUGUAUAAAGCAAUGUCCUGUUGGUCAAGUUUAUAAUGAAUGUGGAUCAUCUUGCGACCGAACCUGCGCUGAAAUCGCUAGUGAUUUGGAUGUGUGUUCAAAUAAGUGUACAGCUGGAUGUAGCUGUCCGUCAGGUACAGUACUUAACAAUAACAAUACUUGUGUAAUACCUGCAGAAUGCCCUUGUAGUCAUCAAGGAAUCACAUACGAACCUGGCUCUAGGCGUAAUUCAACAUGUAGCAGCUGUCUAUGUAGUGGAGGGCGAUGGAUUUGUAGCGAUAUAGAUUGCGAUAAUUUAUGUCCAAAUAAUCAAGUCUACAGCAAUUGUACCACGCUAUGUGAUCCCACUUGCGAAAAUUUUGAUCAUGAAUGUGUUGCUUCCAGUGUAUGUACUGAAGGAUGUAAAUGUCCUGCUGGACUAGUUUUAAAUGAGGACACUAAAACUUGUGUAAACAGGUCUGCAUGUCCUUGCCAUGAUGGUGGUAAGCACUACCUUCCUGGUGAGGUAAUUCAGCGUGAUUGUAACAACUGUACGUGUAUUGGAAAGAAAUGGUCUUGUACAAAGAAAGAUUGCGCUGGAAUUUGUUCAGCAACUGGAGAUCCGCAUUAUGCAACAUACGAUGGGUUGCGUUAUACAUUUAGCGGUAAAUGCAGCUAUGUCCUAUCGAAACCAUGUAAUAAUAAUAAUUUCGAAAUAACUGUCGAGAACAUACCAUGUGGUGUCAGUGGCUCUACAUGUACAAAAGCUGUAACUAUAAGUAUUGGCAACAUGACGAUCCAUCUAAUGCGUGGUCGGUUAAUUACCAUCGAUGGUGUGGAGAUAUCAUUGCCUAAAAUACAAAAUAAUGUUACAAUUUUGAAAGCUGGUUUAUUUGUCAUUGUCAAAUCAAGUCUUGGGUUUAGUGUUAUGUGGGAUGGUGCUCUUCGAGUUUACGUCCGACUUAGCCCUGAUUAUAAAGGAUUGAUGUGUGGGUUGUGUGGUAACUUUGAUGGUAACGGAGGAAACGACUUGAAGUCAAGAAAUAAUAUGCUUGAGAGUAGGGUUGACGAUUUUGCAAAUAGUUGGAAAGUUGAUGAAUCAUGCAGUGAUGUUGUUGAAGAUAUUAACAGGGAUACAUGCAAAAUCAAUCCGCAUCGCUACGAUUGGGCUCAUUUAAAAUGCAGUAUUAUCAACGGACCCCUUUUCAAGUCCUGCCAUGCAAAAGUUGAUUCCAAUGCUUUCUAUAAAAGUUGCUUACAAGAUGCUUGUGGAUGUGACUAUGGCGGCGACUGUGAUUGCUUAUGUACUGCAAUUGCUGCCUAUGCUCAGGAAUGUAAUCAGAAAGGAGUACACGUGUCAUGGAGAUCCGAAAAUUUGUGUCCAGUCCAAUGUACUCAUGGAACCGAAUACAGUCCAUGCGGAAAAAUUUGUUCUACGACAGAGCAAUCUUUUCCCGAUAAAGAUAUUUGUGGAGAAUACCAAUGCGUAGAAGGAUGUCAUUGUCCAGAAGAUCAUUAUUUCUAUAAC